AUGCCUCCCAAGCAAGCUAAGGAAGUCCCGUACCCGGAGAAGCAAAGUUACAGGGCCAACGGACUCAAACUCGACUCUGCGGCAUAUGCCGACACCCUCACCAAUGCCUACAAGACAACAAGGGACAUUGCUUCGCAGAUCCGAGAGCAAAUCGAACCAUUCAUUAGGAAGGCGAGGGCAAGUGUCGAUCAUCUGAUCGAGAUUAUUCAACAGCUUCGGAAAGAGAUUAGGAUUGCCAGGGACAGUUUGAUCAUUACCAACAGGGAUGAGUUGUAUCCCUUUAUUACGGCAAUGGAGGAGGUGGGCGAUCCAUUAUUCUGGAGGCUAGAUGAAGAGUACAAGGAGGCGCCGUGA